AUGUUGGCCGCCACGCGGAGGGGAGCUGCAUGUUACGAAGCACGGAAUAACUCCAGCAAGAAAAAGAAAAGAAAACGCAACCGAAUGAGCUUGGAAUAUUCUCCCGCUAGCAGCAAAAUAAACGAUUGGCUCUGUUUUCGUGGCGCGCCAUACGUGCCAGUGGACAAUCGUCCGUUGCCUGGACCUACCUCGGUUCACAAGCCGCAGUUGGAUAUGGUUCAAAUCAAGGGCUCAUCAGCACCAGACACCGGCAUCAUUCCUGCUGCCAAAGACUUCGCUCGCGUGACGAGGAGGAGGUGUGGGUGUGCUUUAAAUGGAUGGUUCCACUCAGGAUGGAUUUUCACAACCAAAUGUUCAACCGCCGCCAGCGAAUUCCUCCGCACUGGUCGAAUGUCGGUUAAAACCUUGAAUCAUUUGCGCAAGCCAAACCAACCGAUCUACGCCAUGGUGUCCACGGUUGGAGGCAGUUGA